CUUGGCACUUUUUCGGUUUCUUCGGCUUAUUCUCUCUCUCUCUCUUCUCUUUCACUAUUCAUAUCUCUCUUUCCUCUCUCUCUCUCUCUCUAUUCGCCGGAGAACUUCCUUUUCCUAGCCGGAAUCUCUUCCCCGGCGGAUAGCCGCAACGCCUCCUUCGCCUUGCGGCUCUCUUUACUAGGAGAGCCUCGUUCGUUGACUUGGUCAUUCAAGGCUUUGGAUCUCCGAGUUUCACGCCGUACGACGCCGUUUGCGACGUUUUCCGAGAAUGUGGGCUGCUGUGGACUCGCUCAAGGCCUCAGCUUGAUCGUCCGUGGUUGGAAUCGUGAUCUAGGGUUUGGUGAUUUGGAUUCAGUUUGUUUCUGUGGUUGGUGCGGCUUUUUCAAUCCUCUGUUCGGUGGUGGCUCCGGUGAACCAAGACGACGGCCUAUACAGAGAGUCUCCGGAAUGAGAUGGUGGAAGGUAGGGUUUGUUUGUCGAAAGAGGCUAAAAAUGGAGUUGAAUUCAUGAAGCGGAGAAGGCUUCAGCAUAUGAGGUCGGAAACUGUUCCUGAGCCUGUAAGUUUUGGUAAUCUGAUGGCCAGGAGUGGAGGGGAUGCUUUGAAAGGUUCUGCAGCCUGUGGUGUUACAAUACAUGGAGGUCCGCAUUCAGUUUCUCGGUCCAAAGGAGAUUCACAGGGGAAAGAUGUGUUUUCAAAGCCAAAGGUAGAUAAAUUUGGGUUAAAUGAUCUAGGCUGGACCGAGAAAAUUCCCGAGUGUCCUGUGUACUAUCCAGGAAAGGAGGAGUUUGAAGACCCUUUAGUUUACUUGCAGAAAAUAGCUCCAGAAGCUUCCAAAUAUGGUAUAUGCAAGAUCAUCUCACCUGUCAGUGCUACUACUCCUGCUGGGGUUGUAUUGAUGAGGGAAAAAGCAGGGUUUAGGUUCACGACUAGAGUACAACCUCUUCGCCUUGCUGAGUGGGACAAUGAUGACAAAGUCACUUUUUUCAUGAGUGGAAGAAACUAUACAUUCCGUGAUUUCGAAAAAAUGGCGAACAAGGUUUUUUCUAGUAGAUAUUGUAGCUUGGGGUCUCUUCCUCCUGCGUACUUGGAAAAAGAAUUCUGGAAAGAAAUUGGUUCUGGAAAGACAGAUAGUGUUGAUUAUGCGUGUGACGUAGACGGUAGUGCAUUUUCAUCUUCUCCCAACGAUCCACUUGGAAGUAGCAAAUGGAAUUUAAAGAAUCUAUCAAGGCUACCCAAGUCCAUUCUGCGUCUUCUGGAAAAUGCAAUUCCGGGGGUAACGGAUCCUAUGCUAUACAUUGGAAUGAUAUUUAGCAUGUUUGCUUGGCAUGUGGAAGAUCACUAUUUGUACAGUAUCAAUUAUCAUCAUUGUGGUGCAUCCAAAACCUGGUAUGGCAUUCCAGGUCAUGCUGCCCUGCAAUUCGAAAAUGUUGUCAAGGAACAUGUCUACACCCAUGAUAUUGUAUCAAGUGACGGAGAGGAUGGAGCUUUUGAUGUCUUAUUGGGAAAAACAACUCUGUUUCCUCCCAGCAUACUGCUGCAGCAUAAUGUACCUGUCUACAAGGCUGUCCAAAAGCCAGGAGAGUUUGUGGUUACUUUUCCUAGAGCUUAUCAUGCUGGAUUCAGUCAUGGUUUCAAUUGUGGAGAGGCAGUCAACUUUGCAAUAGGUGAUUGGUUCCCAUUAGGUGCUGUUGCUAGCCGGCGUUAUGCACUUCUUAAUAGGAUGCCUCUGCUUCCUCACGAAGAACUCCUGUGCAAAGAAGCCAUGCUUCUUCAUACUAGUUCAGAGCUUGAAGAUUCAGAUUAUUCUUCUGCGGACUUGGUCUCCCAUAAUCGCAUCAAGGUUUCUUUUGUGAAACUGAUGCGGUUCCAGCACCGUGCUCGCUGGAUUUUAAUGAAGUCUGGGGUAUGCACUGGUGUCUUUCCAAACACUUAUGGAACUGUUCUCUGCAGCGUCUGCAAGCGGGAUUGCUAUCUCGCCUACAUUAGUUGCAACUGCUAUAUGCAUCCUGUGUGCCUUCGCCAUGAUGUAAGGUCAUUGGACUUGUCAUGUCAGAGCAGUGCCACUCUCUUUGUAAGAGAGGAGAUGGUAGAAAUGGAAGCUGCAGCCAGUAAGUUUGAAGAAGAAGAGGAUGUGUUUAAGGAGAUUCAAGGUCAAGGUGAUAAUGGUGAUGACUUGUAUUCAUAUCCAUUGAAUUUGUCUCAGAUAGGUGAGGAGAAAGGAUACUCCCUUUACUGCAAUAUACAGUUUGAGUUAAACCCCGGACUCCCUGGUACCUCAGAACUUACUUGCACAACUGUGGAUCAGUCACAAGAGCCAGCUGCACCUGGUUUUCAUAGUGGAAAAUAUUCCAGUCCAGCAGUGUCAGAAGGUUCCAUUUCAUGUAUUGCAUCUACUCUUUGUUCUCUCUCAGACCCUCUUGAGGGUUCGCGUGCACCCAAUCAUGGAAAUGCCAACUCUAAGACGGUGACUCUAAGUUCCAAAAGGUCUGCAUACGACUCUUCUCAGUCCGCUCCGUCAUAUGAUGAAUGCUCAAGUGUACAUCCGGGAAACUCUAUUGCUUCAGCGGCUGGGCCUAUAGAUCAGGGCAGUGAUGAUUCAGAUUCAGAGAUUUUUAGGGUUAAGCGCCGUUCUUCAUUGAAGGUGGAAAAAAGAACUAUAACUGACGUCUCACCAUCAGAUAUUUCUGAGAACCAGCAGGGAUUCAAGCGACUAAAGAAACUGCAACCUCAUAGGUCAGUGCCAUUACAAAGCUGCAGCACUACAGAAUCAAGUACUAAGUUGGUUUCAACUACUAAUAACAAAGGGGCUCCAGAAAUUGCUUCAAGAGAUGACAGGUUUGCCAGAGGGAGUACCAUUCCCUUUUCCAUCAAGUUUAGGAAGUUGACCAAUGAAGAUUCUGUUAGGAGACAGCGAGAUCACCAUAGGACUGAUAUACGCCAGCUUGAGUUGGGAAGCAGCCACAGAGAACCUCCCCCAAUAGAGAUUGGGCCAAAGAGAUUUAAGGUCAAAGGCCCUUCUUUCUUAGCUUCGGAAAACAGGUUAAAUUGAAGGAAGUUAGAUCACAGUAGGAAGUGUCAACUAACUAGUUGGCCUAUAGAUCCUGACCUUUGCUAACUGCUUCAAUUUCUCUAAUGGGGUUCUAACUACACUGGAAAACGGGUAAAGGUAAAGAUUGAUUCUGGGAGCAGUGAGAAAAAAAUUAACCUAGGAUAAAAUUUAUAUUCUUUGUGCAUUUGCCUUAAAUUGGGGCAAUUUGCACUCUUGGUGAUUCUUGAGGUUCUCGAGCCGGGGUUUUUUUUCCAUCUUUGGCAGGAGAACCCUCCUUCCUGCAAAGCUUAAGAUUAAAAAGAGUAGAAAUUGGGUUAGUGGAUUCCAUGUAAAUUUGGUUGUUAGUCAAUUCUUGUGAGUGACGGUGGGUAUUCUCACUGAUCUUGCCUAAGGUAUUUGCUGCUUCCUUUAUAGGUUCUUUAUUCUUUGUGUAGCAAUGGGUUCAUGUGUACCACCACCUUGACUACAUGAGUGAAAUGCAGAGAAAUUUCUUCCAUCA